AUGGUCUUCAGCGCAACCAUCGAGCCGCCAGAGCACCAAGGCCAAGAACCGGCACCUCCGCCAAAGAAACGCGAACGAUGGAUCACGUAUCCAAUGCUCUCCCACUGCACCUUCCGGCCGACCCCUCCGUCUUCCCGCCAAGCCCCGUCGAUACGCAUCCAAUGCCGAGACUUUACCUUUAUUGCCUUCAACUUCACCUCCACCGAGGUUGCGAGAGAGGCCUAUGACCACAUCAAGUGCCGGACUUGCAAGCUUGGCACCGUACAGAACCUCUUUGCCUUUAGCCACAAGCCGUCCAAGAUGGAGAAGGAGGUCAACGGCUGGAAUCUCUAUGACCCAAGAGCAGAGUUUCGCCGACAGGGCAUCAGUGAAAAGCUCCCCGACAAAGGCUGGAGGAUCACCAACAUCAAUCAGGACUAUAGCUUUUGCGAUACCUACCCGGCCGUCCUCGUCGUGCCCUCCAAGAUUUCUGAUAAUGUCCUCAAGUACGCAAAGGAAUUUCGCUCGAGGAACCGGAUACCCGCCCUCUCAUACAUCCACCCCAUUAAUAACUGUACCAUUACAAGAAGCUCUCAGCCCCUGGCAGGCAUUACCAGGAGAACCAAUGUUCAAGACGAGAAGCUCGUCGCUGCUUCCUUCUCAGCCUCGGUAGGCAAUGGAGGUUCAGAAGACUCGUCUCCAAUGUCUAGCCAGGCAGAGGUAUCCACUAGUACCGUUAUGCUGGAGACGCAGCUGACGGAAACCGAACGAUACGAGGACGAACUCAUCUCGAAAUCCGCUGCCCUCUAUGACGACAAGACUGGCAAGCGGCUCAUCUAUGGCGCUCAGCAGAACAAUCUGAUCGUCGACGCCCGUCCCACAAUCAAUGCCAUUAUGAAUCAGGUACAGGGGAUGGGCUCGGAACCUAUGGACAAGUAUAAAUUCGCACAAAAAAUCUUCCUCAACAUUGACAAUAUUCACAUCAUGCGCAAUUCUUUGCUCAAAGUAGUGGAGGCGCUAAAGGAUGCCGACCUGUCCCCCUUGCCUCCCAACCGCGAGCUUCUACAUCAGAGCAACUGGCUGAGACACAUUCACGAUAUCCUCGACGGGUCAGCCCUCAUUGCUCGCCAGGUUGGUAUCAGACACUCGCACGUCUUGAUCCACUGCUCAGACGGCUGGGACCGUACCAGCCAACUGAGUGCCUUGUCCCAAAUCAUGCUGGACCCCUAUUAUCGUACCAUUGACGGCUUCAUCGUCCUCAUAGAGAAAGAUUGGCUGUCCUUUGGCUACAUGUUUAGGUUACGCUCAGGCCAUCUUAAUUCAGAGGAUUGGUUUACCAUUCAGAAAGACGCAUUCGCUGGUCUCAAGGUCCAACCCGGAGAGAACGAUGGCCGGACUGACGCCUUCCAAAACGUCAUUAGUGGUGCUAAACGAUUCUUUACCUCAAAUAAGGAAGAUGCCGCCGAUCUCGCCACUAUGGGUGAGGGUGCCAGCGGUCAAGUGGUGGAUGAGGAAGCCACCUCGCCCAAGAUGAUUAGUCCAGUGUUCCACCAGUUCCUCGACUGCAUGUACCAGCUGCUGCGGCAGAACAAGACCCGCUUCGAGUUCAACGAACGCUUCCUUCGACGCCUACUAUACCACUCGUACUCGUGUCAAUAUGGAACCUUCUUGUACAAUUCAGAGAAGCAGAGAAAAGAUGCUGGCGUAGCGGAAAAGACGUCUUCCGUGUGGGACUACUUCCUCUGCCGGAGAGCUGAAUUCACCAACCCAGACUACGACCCGACAAUUGAUGACCACAUCAAGGGGAAAGAGCGCAUCAUUCUGCCGCGUCUUGAAGAGAUUCGAUGGUGGCAUCAGCUGUUUGGCAGGACCGAGGACGAAAUGAAUGGAGCCCUCAACGCCGCCGCUAUUGCGGAAAGCGACAGGCAGGCCGCCGUCUCGAGCCUCAACUACCCCAGCGUUGCCCGCGUCGAAGAGGCCCCGGACUCGUCAGCCCCGAGCCCAAGGCCGCCCAGCCUCUCCACAAGUCAAUCGGCUCUCACAGCGGUGGAAACUGCACACACCAUCCUAACGCCCGAGGAUAGACAGACCGCUCUGCAGCACAGCGUAUCCGCGGACGGGAUGAGCGCAUUUGCCGCCCUACGCGAUGGCAUCGCCGGGCUGAACAUAAGCAAGGCCGUAAUGUCCAACUUUGGCCGCCCAGCUGAGCCUGCUGCCGAGCCCGUUGCGCAGGACUCGACGCCGCCCAUUUCUCGCGAUCAAGAGAUGCGAGAGAUGACAUAG